AUGCAGUUGUGCUGCCAUUACAACAGCAGACACUGCCACCACAACUGCAGCAACCACUACGACAUCCCCAGCCACCACAACUGCUGCCACCACAACAGCUGCUGCCACCACACCUACAGCUCCCAAUUCAAUAUCCCCAGCUGCCGCAACUGCAGCUGCUACUACGACAGUCCCUGCCACCAGAACUGCAGCCGAUACCACAACAGUCCCAGCCACCACUACUGCAGACGCAACAACAACAGCCCAUGCCAUUACAAUUGCAAAUGCGACAACAACAACUGCAGCAGCCACAACAACAGUUCCAGCUACCACAACAAAAACUACAACAGCCGCCGCCACAACAACUGCUGCUGCUGCUACAACAACUGCAACCACCACUAUGACAACUCCUGCAACCACAAGUGCAUCCGCUAUCACAACUGUAGUCACCACUACAACAUCCCCCACCACUAUAAUAGCAGCUGCUACUACAAUAGCCCCUGCAACCACAAAUGCAGUCACUACUACGACAGCUCUUGCCACUACAAGUGCAUAUGCCACUACGACAGCAGCCGCAGACACCACAACUUCUGCCACCACAAUUACAGCCGCUGCCACAACAGCAUCUGCCACCACCUCAACUGCAUUUACCACUUCGACAACUCCCGCUGCCACCACAACUGCAGCUGCCACCACAACAGUCCCAUUCACCAUAACUGCAAUCACCACUACGACAGCCACUGCCACCACAACUGCAGUUGCCACUACCAAAGGCCCUCUCACCACAACUGUAGCCGCAACUACGUCAGCACCUGCCACCACAACUGCAGCUGCUCCCACAACAGCAGCUAA